AUGCUGAUCAAGUGUCCCUCGCCGGUACGCAGCGGAAUGGCACCGAUAACGCAGCAGACAGCACCGAAAUCGCCCUUUACCUCGCCCUCCACGGUUCCGGGCAGUGGGCAGGGGCAUUAUCGCGCUACUGGCCCGGGAAUGAUCGGCACCAGCGAUAGGGCUACCAUGAUACGAUCCGGCGCAGCAUCGGGUGCAGCAUCGGGUGCUGCAGCAGCAGCAGCGGCUGCAGCAGCUGCCGCCGCCGCAGCAGCAGCAGCAACGGCCACGGCACCGGCAGUAUCAGCGCGUACCCGGACCGUCGUCCUACCACCGGACAUUGGACCUUCGUCGUCGGCGACAGCGGUGGUAAACGCAGGAUUGCGCGUCACACCAGGACCCAGAGCAGCCGGCUCUUCGUCCUGUUCGCCAUCGUCCAAGUUUCACCGGAGCGUUGCGCAUCGGCUGCCGCCGAAGCGGGGCAAGGUCCUCCCGGGGAAGCUGGCCGCCACAGGCCGCAACGGUGUCACCGGUGUCGCCGGUGUCCAGAUGACGCGUCGGUCGGCGUCGGCGCUGCACGCCGGUACGGUAGCCGCCAGCUGUGCCACGGUCGCACAGCAGCUGACGGGCAGCUUCGACCGAUCGGCUCGCACUGCUCGCCGGACCACCGCCAACAGUGCCAAACGCCAUGCCCAGCAGCAGCCAGCACCGACCGGGCAGGCCGGGUUCCGUGCACUGCAAGUUAGUGGUGGUAACAGCAACACCACUGCCGCUGUCCCUUCGUUCGGCAGUAAUGGCCUAACCGAUCCGGGGACCACCUUUCAGCAGCAGCAGCAGCGGAAGCUGCAACAGAUGAUGCAGCAACAGCAACAGCAACAGCCACAUCCUGGCCACACUCGAAUGGUAGCCUCGUCAGUAUCACCCGUCCCACCGGCGGUGCAACCAUCACUGCCAUCGCAGGUUGCGUCGUCGUCGACGACGAUAGCAGCAGCAGCAGCAGUGCCUGGCACUGGCGCCUCCUCGCCGAACAUCCUUUCGGCUGCGUCGUCCCUUUCCUCGAUCGCCUCGUUAACGGCGUCAGCAGCAGCAGCAGCAGCAUCAGCACUCACUGCCCCAGCCAACAGCCAGAAUGGUGCACAGCAGCAGCACGAACAGUUCUCAGCGGCCUCAGCAGCUCAGGGAACCGUCCGACGGAGCCCGGACGGGGACGUGGCGGCACUGUACGGUGCCGCACUGUCCGCACCCGGCAUCAGCGCUAACCGGGACGGCAAGGUGCAGCUGGUGAUCGUGGCGCAACCGGAGCAGCAGCAUCGGGCCCGCUACCAGACCGAGGGUUCCCGCGGUGCCAUCAAGGACCGGAGCGGAAACGGCUUUCCGGUGGUGCGGCUCGUCGGUUACAGCAAACCGACCCUGCUCCAGGUGUUCAUCGGGACCGAUGUGGGACGACCGACACCCCACAUCUUCUACCAGGCGUGCCGGGUAACGGGCAAAAACUCGACCGCCUGUGUCGAGCGGAAAAUUAAUGGUACGACCGUGCUGGAGAUGGAACUGAAGCCGGAAACCGGUAUGACGGUGACGUGCGACUGUGUCGGCAUCCUGAAGGAGCGAAACGUCGACGUGGAGUACCGGUUCCCGGAUCAGACGGCGUCGCGCACGAAGAAAAAGUCGACCCGCUGCCGGAUGGUGUUCCGGACCGUGCUGAUGGAGGACGACGAGAAGGGCGGUACCAGCGGGGAGCUGCUGCUCGUUGCCUCCCAGCCAAUCGUCUGCACGCAACCACCGGGCGUACCGGAGAUCUGCAAGGCCUCGAUUGUGGCCUGCUCGGUCGAAGGUGGCCAGGAGCUGUACGUGUUCGGGAAGAACUUCCUGAAGGACACGCGGGUGGUGUUUCAGCGGCGCCGAGUCCAGCCGCUCGUCGAUCGCUCGGGCACGGUUGCCGUAGCACCGUGGGAGCAAGCCGUCCUACCGAACAAGGAGUAUUUGCAGCAUACGCAUCUCGUCUGUACGGUACCACCGUACGAUCGGCAGGACAUCGUGGAACCGUCAACCGUGAAAAUGUACGUUCUCUCCGGCGGCAGAAGAAGCGAGGCGCACGAUUUCAUCUACUAUCCGAAGCGGACGUGCUUCUGUGGUGUGGGCGAGCGGGAUGCCCGGAUGCUGUCGAUGGUACCGGCUCAUCCAGCACAUCAGCAACAACAACCGCAACCACAGCAGCAGCAGCAGCAGCCGCAGUCGCAGCAGCAACAGCAGCAACAGCAGCAGCAGGAGCAUCAGCUACCUAUGUUUAGGCCUUUUGCCGCGGCCGUCGCAUCGGCUGGCGCUUCCGUCGCAUCGGUGGACGCUGUUAACGAUGCCGCAGUGAAUCUGCUGUUUUCAGCGAACGUCAACGAAGUUAAGUACGAGGAGGGAAGCUCACGUGAUAUGCAGACCGUGUUCAUGCAAAGCGCACCGACCUCAAUGGACAUCGGGCUAGAGGGGGGCAUGAUGCCUCCGAUGACCAACGUGUUGUCAUCGUCGCUGGCAAUGGAUCAGCAGCCAUCGCAGCAGCAAGCGCAGCCAACGUCUCCAUUUACGGGCGCCUCGCCUCCCAACUUCAAACCGGAGCUACUGGAAACGCGCAGCGGAAGCUUGCUGGAUGACGAAACACUCGAUCGGUUCCCCAGUGCCGCUGACAAUUCGCUGGAUGGGUUGCCAGCGCUGUACCAACUCUACCGGCGUCGUAGCGUCCGGCUACCGAGCAUGGAUAUAACUGAGGAUAGCUCUUCGAACAUGUCAUUGCUCGGACCGGAACCGCAGCGUUUGAUGGACGUGCUGGAAAAUGGCACUGCUAGUACCGGUUGCAUGCUAUCGCUGGCCAACCGUAUGAAUGCUGUAUUCGGUAGGCCGACAGACCUACGCCAAACCAUCAAUGCAAACUCGUUGCUGAACGCGAACGAUGCAGCGCAAUCGCCGGGCUGCGACUCAAAGGAACUAGGUAUCUGCCUUGAGACCGAACAAAAUCUACUGCCAAAGCAGCAGCAACAGCAGCAACAGCAGCAGCAUCAGCUUCAGCAGCAACAACAACAGGAGCAACAGCAGCAGCAGCAUCAUCUUCAUCAUCAUCAUCAGCAACAACAGCAACAGCAGCAACAGCAGCAGCAGCAACUCGAGCAGCAACUCGAACAGCAACAACAGCAGCAGCAGCAGCAGCAGGAACAACAGCAACAGCUCAGUUCAUCGACAACGGCUGAACAGAUGGAACAGAUGAUUGCCGUCAACAGUGCUAGGUUGUCUACGGACGGGCAAAGCGAUGCCAUGGCUGCUGCAGUGACUCAACAGUUUAACGUACAGCUUGGGACGGACGUGUUAAUCCAACAGCAGCAACCGCAACCACAAAUGCAGCAGCAGCAGCAACAGCAGCAGCAGCUGGAACAGCAGCAGCAGCAACACGACCAAACCAACCAGCAAAACGGUGGCCUGCUCGAUCUGCCCAGCCUCGCCAUUUCGAGGAACGAAGCAGCGGCUGCAGCGGUGGUAGGUUCGAUCUUGCAACAUUCGCAAGACUUGCUGAUGCAGCAGCAGAAACCGAACAGUGUGGUGGACGUAGCGAUUGCUGCGGCAGCCGCCGUUCAACUACUGCCACCAGCCACCGUCGCAAUGAUGCCGAUGGACCGCGGUGCGGCGGUGGCUGAUGUGGUGCUUGCGCACCGCGAGGAAACGAAGAAAGCGGUCCAGGAUAUUAUACUUAAUGCGGCCGCAGAAAUACUAACAGCCCAGGAGCCAUCGCACGCGACACAGAAAACGAUCGAUACGAUUAUCUCGAUGAGUACACCCGAGAUACUCACCGUUGCAACCAACUGUUCGCCGACCCUACAACCUGUACCACCUCAUUUCGUGGCCCCAGCGAUGGACCACCAGCAGCAACAUCAACAUCAAGUGCAUUCGCAACAGCAGCAGCAGCAGCAGCAGCAACAGGAACAGCAUCAUCAACAGCACAUGCAACAUCAUCAACAACAGCAGCAGCAAGAACAGCAGCAUCAGCAGCAAAUGCAGCACCAUCAGCAUAUGCAGGACCAGCAGAGACAUCAAAUGCAUCAGCAGCAGCAGCAGCAACAGCAACAGUUGCAUGAACAGCAACAACAGCACCACCAUCACCAACAUCAUCAUCAUCAGCAGCAGCAGCAGCAGCAACAGCAGCAGCAGCAACAACAAGAGCAACAACAACAGCAGCAGCAGCAGCAGCAGCAGCAGCAGCAGGAGCAACAGCAGCAACAACAUGUCUUCAAUUCAUUAAUGAAUGAGUUGCUGCAGCAGCAACAGCUACAGCAACAGCAGCAAGAAGCAGUGGUUCAUGCCCAGGCGCAGGAAGCGGUUGCACAGUCGCUGGCCGCCGUUCAGCCACUGCCGGAGAAGAUGGAAAUUGGUCCACCACCAGCGGUGGCGAUGGUAACCGAACAGUCGCUGCCGCUGCCGCAACCGCAACCACAGUCCGCACCACUACCACAGCCGACCCAGCAACCGAUGGAUACCUCCACUGCACCGGCCGUUAGCGCUGCCUCCGGUGGCCAAUCUCCGAUGGUGCCAAUGCCGCUCCGAGCGCUCGGUGUCGGUGCCCCCCAGCCGGUAGGCAUUCGAUCGAUGAUGGAUAGAUCACGGGACGUGACCGCCAUGAGUGAAAACGAGCUGAUCCGCUUCAUUUGCCCGAAUGCAUUUGAUACAAUAUGAAAAGCUCCCCCACCCCCCGCCAUCACAUACUGGAAUGAACGUGUCCCGGUAAAAUGAUUAUGAAGUAGCCUUGGGAACUGAAACAGGCAAGUGCUUCAGACAAAUGUCUUGUUAACUAUUAACGAUAGGUUAAGUUUAAAUUGAGUUUCCCAAAGAUGUUGAAGAACGGAUUGGAAAUGUUACAAAUCGGCUGUAAUUAGGGCGUUAACGAUGGUACUUUGAAAUUGCAGAAUGUUUCUAGGCAGUAAGUAAGAUCAGGAUACGAAGUGCUCGCUUCAUCCCGCUCGGCCUUACAGGCUAACAACACUCACUAAAAAGAGAAGCGAUACAGAACAGAAAUAGUAAGCGAUGUGCGAAUGUGCAGUGCAGUGCCAAAUUUUAUUGUCCCGUUUUUUGUUUUGUUUUGAUGAUUUUCAGCGAUUCUGGAUUCGCGUUAAGAAUCCCGUCAUAAUGACUUUAGUAUUUAGAAGCGUAACAUUUAAAGUAGACAAAGAAAGGCAAAUUACACUAUCAUUUACCAAAGUACAACUCGCGCUACGUGAUCACAACGAAGUAUUAAUACUUCUGUAUACAAUUUUAUACAGGCAACUACCUCCAUUCAGCUUCUCUCUCUCUGUUUGUCUCAUUGUUAGGGUUUGAUGAAUGACAGCUUGCAGGGUUGUAAUUGUUAUAUUCUCAUUACCGCCGCUAUGCGUGCCAUCUCAGAAUGUUCCCUGCGGAACAUCUAGUAUAUGAUAAUCAGUAAUGGAUCAGGGGCUUAGGAGAGGGCUUAGGAACUUUGUUGGCCAACUUGUUGAUUUAUUUUCAGUUCGCAUACCUAUUAGUAUCUAUUUAAAAAUGUAAAUGUCUUGAAAUCAAGGUUUCAAAUUGGCGUCUGCAUGGGCUUGUGGGAAUGAUAGAGAAAUGUGAUUGUGUGUUGGUUUCGUGAAAGGGCAAACUUUGCGUGUGGCCUUAUUCCAGCCCUUGACGUUCUUGUUGGCAUGGUUGCUGGCCAAUCGUGAGGCACUGACGCGUAUAUUCGUCCAGGAGUUCGUCCCUCACUUUUCUAACUUUUUGCUCGUUUUUCUUCGGUUUUCUUCACCUCUUGUACGAUGACCUCGCGGUAGCUCCUCGUUUCUCCGAACUGUACUAUUAUGAUUAUCAUUACUUUUAUUUAUAUUGCCAUUACCUAUAUUAUUAUUAUUAUUAUUAUUAUUAUUACUAUUUUGUUUAUUGAUUUAGCGCCGCCAUUGGCCCUUGGUGGGCGCACAAUUUGGAGUUUACAAAUAAUAUUGAUUUUACAAGAACUACUGCACACACACACGGCUGCGGUGCUCGCGAGCUUCCUUUAUUGCCGAUACGGUCGGAAAGAAAUCAAAACACUAUGAUAAUUGAUAAUGAUAAUACCGUUUGCACAUUUUGCACAAAUAGUGAACGAAGAAAGUUGCAAUUGCACUUUGAUUUACACUUUUUUCGCGCACUUUUCUCAAUUUUCCCGCAAAAAAAAGGCACGUUUACCGAGCGUGCGUUUCCAUGGAACACGUUUUAGCUACUGUUUUUCAUUUUUUCACCCUCGUCCUGAUGGAGGCGCCUGGUGGCCCGUGCACGACCAAAACACAAUUCACACCAAACCAAUUCGAAACCAAGGCCAUAAUCACCAUGAUCCUGGGAAAAUAGACGGGCUUUCGGAUGGGUUCUUUGUCUCUUUGAAUCCUUGUUUUAAAAGCCCACUAUUUGAAACGAAUUCGAAUUCGAUUUUCGCUCAACGGUUCUGUUUUCUGUUUCUCCGGUUGAUUGCUGCGGGCGCUGCACUGUAGCUCUAGGCUUAAUCCUAUCAUUUACUUUUCUUUUGUUUAAUGGCAUUUCGCGUGAAAAUAAAAGAUCGAUACGAAGAGAAAAGAGAGAGAGAGAGAAAAAAAAUAGAAGAGGUGUCGUAGCGUAUUUACAAAGCUGUAGAUAGGCAGGGGGGGGAGGGCCAUAAGGUGUGCCAUGUCCUGUCAAUAUCAACCCAAACACAAUAGAGAGAGGAGGCGUAGGGCCACGUGCAUAUUAUACUAUAGAAUUAAAUUCAAAAAAGGCAGAAGCAGCAGGAGGCAGACGAAGUGAUGAAAUGAAGGAUGAUGAAAAAGCCGAUUGAAAAAGAAAACAACAGUGUGCAGUGCAGUGAGGUGCAGAGUGCAGAGUGGGGCCCCCUUUACAGCCGUCUCAUUCUCGAUAGUCAUUAGCCGCUAGCAGGAUGCAUCAUCAUUAUUAUUACUAUUGUUAUUAUUAUUAUGAUUAUGAUUAUUAUUAUUAUUACUAUUAACAAUAUAUUAUUACGAUUAUGAUCAUUAUAAAUACCCGUUAUAUCUGUUUCCGUAUUCGAAAGUAAAACCAAACAAAAUCGUCGUCGUUCGUCGUCUUUUACUGGCUACAGUCGGGCGGUUUGUAGUGUCAGGGAGUGAUGCAGGUUUUUGCUGGCCGGCAGGGAAUCGGC